AUGGAGAAAAAGAACAGAAAGCCGAACCAAUAUACAGAAGUAGCCGCUUCAAGCCAACAUAUAUGUAUUUCUGCUCACAAAGCGAGAAGAGUAAUUGAUCAAAUUCGUGGGCGUUCCUAUGAAGAAACACUUAUGAUCCUAGAACUCAUGCCUUAUCGAGCAUGUUAUGACAUUUUAAAAUUGGUUUAUUCGGCAGCAGCAAACGCUAAUCACAAUAAAGGUUUGAAUGAAACAAGUUUAAUCAUUAGUAAAGCUGAAGUCAACGAGGGCACGACCGUGAAAAAAUUAAAACCCCGAGCUCGAGGGCGGGGUUAUCCGAUAAGAAGAUCGACCUGUCAUAUAACUAUUGUGUUGAAAGAUAUAUCUGUAGAUGAACAACUAGAAAGAGAUAAAAGGAAAAAGCAACUGAGGAAUAUUUAA